AUGCAAAACUUUCUUUUUUUCUUUAAACUUCUCUUUUUCUUUUUACUUUUUUCUUUAAACUUUUUCUUUUCUUUUUUCUUCUUUAAUUUUCUCCUUUUUUUUUCUUUCCUAUAUUCCUUUAAUCUUUUCUUUUUUCUCUUUUUAAUCUUUUCCUUUUCGCUUUUAUUUAAUCUUCUCUUUUAUAUUUUCACUAUUUUCUUCCUUUUUUUAUUUUCUUUAAACUUUUCUUUUCUCUUUUCCUUUAUUCUUUUCCAAUUUUCUCUUGCUUUAAUCUUUUACUCUUUUCUCUUUUCUUUUCUUCAUUGUCUUGUUACUUUUUCUAUCUGCUUUUAUUUGUUUUCCGUUUGCCGUCCUUUCUCCUUAUCUUUUUUACUUGUUAAACGACCGUCUCCUUUUAUUUCUUUGUCUUUCACGGCUUCUUUUCCUUUUUCUUUCUUAGAACAUUUCUCUUUCUUUUUUCUUUCUUUCUUUCUUUCUUUCUUUCUUUCUUUCUUUCUUUCUUUCUUUAUCAUUAUUUUUAUCCUUUUUAUUUUAAAUAUUUCUUCCUUUAUUUAUUCUUUUCAGUUUUCGUCGUGUUUUUAUCAUAUUUUCAAUAUCUUAUUCUUUCCUUUUACACUUUUCUCUCUCUUACUAUCUAUCUAUGCACGUUUUUCUCUCUUCCUAUCUAUCUAUCUAUCUAUCUAUCUAUCUAUCUAUCUAUCUAUCUAUCUAUCUUAA